UUAUCUUAAAUUUUCUUGCAGGGACCGCGUCUUGCUCUCUGUGGUUGUGAAAUCCCACAAACAGAAAGUGAUUAAUUACGAAAGACUUACCUUUGAACGGGCAAGCGAAUUCAGAAGUGACAAUCCGACCCCUGCUUUUUUUUUUCCCCUAAAAAAAAGCAGUAAUAUAUCAAUACUGAGGUAUUUGUAAACCGCGCUUUUAAAAGCUACGCAUUUAUUUAGCCUGCAAGAACAGCGCAUUACCGCGCAGCAAAGUUCAGUAUGGCGGCGCUGUCGGGCUGGGUGUGCGUGGUGACCGGAGCAUCCCGAGGGAUCGGGAAAGGCAUCGCGCUGCAGCUGGGAUCCGCCGGAGCAACCGUCUACAUUACCGGGAGAAACGGUGCCACGCUGGGGGAGACUGCGAAAGAGGUGGAGGCUAGAGGCGGGGCUUGCGUGCCGGUGACCUGCGAUUCGUCGAAGGAGGAUGACAUCAGGAGCCUGUUUGAGCGAAUCGGGAGAGAGCAGAGAGGGAGGCUGGAUAUCUUGGUGAACAACGCGUACGCAGGCGUGCAGCCUAUCUUUGAUAACUUGGGGAAGAAAUUCUGGGAGGUGCCGCCAUCGAUUUGGGAUGACAUCAAUGAUGUGGGUCUGAGGGGUCACUAUAUCUGCUCGGUGUACGCUGCUCGGAUGAUGGUUCCGGCAGGGCGGGGCCUGAUCGUCGUCAUUUCCUCCAUGGGGGGUCUGCGAUACCUCUUCAGUGUCCCCUAUGGAGUGGGCAAAGCAGCUUGUGACCGCCUGGCCUGCGAUGGCGCUGUGGAGCUCAGGGGCGCGGGCGUGGCCAUGGUGUCCCUGUGGCCGGGGGCCGUCCGCACCGAGAGCAUCACAGAGAAAGUGCUGAACAAAGACCCGGGUUCAAAGGCAGAGGAGGAGAUUUGGAAGGCGUUUGCAGACGGUGAAACUCCAGAGCUGAGUGGGAAAUGCAUCGUGGAGCUGGCUACAGACAAGAAGCUGAUGUCACUGAGCGGGAAGGUUCUGUUGAACUGUGACCUCUGCCGGCGCUACAAUCUCCAGGAUGUUGAUGGUCGUAAAGUGGUUGACUACAUGUCUCUCAGUUUCCUCGUCUCUCGGGUCCCGGGACUCUCCUGGCUCUCCCCCUUCAUCCCCUCGUUCCUCCGGCUGCCCAAAUUUGUCCUGACUCUGACAGCCAGCAAGUUCUGAGCCAGUCUGCGCGGAACAUGGAACACGGAACACAGCCCCCCCCCCCCCCCCCCCGGAACACACAAUGCACAUAAUCUGGAGCAUAGAACUCAGAACAGCACCUAGAACAGAAAACACCAAACCUAGAACACACUAGAACAUAGAUGCAGGCAGACAGGGCUUAUAAUUCUGAACACCUAGACUUUGGAAUCUAGAACACACCACACACCUACUCAGAACCUGGAACUGACGACGUCAAACUCAGAACAACAAAACACCCGAGAACCUAGAACACAAGAACCUAGAACCGACUGAAUAAAUACGACACAAUGGCUGUGUUUCUUCAAACAA